CGUUGACUAAAUAUAUCUACUGACAUCAGACAGUCCGAUGGCAGCAGCUUCGACCGUGGGGAUGGUGCCACUGCUGGUCAGCUGGCUUUCUUGUUUAUACAUGCCUGUGGCACUGGGCUUAUACUGUUUCCACCGCAACCAUCCGUGCAUCAAGUACCGCCAGCCGAGACGAAUGGCGGUCAUCGCCGGCUCCCUUGGCGCGUGUGCGCUGUCGCUGCCCGUUCUCGUCUUUACGGACGCGCACUGCCAUCUGUACUCGCUCUGGUUCUCCUGUAGCAUCUGCGCUUUGGUGUCGUACCUGCUCAUGCAGUGCUCGGUGGUGAUUUCAUUCCAGAUCACCGAACUCCUCGCCCAGCCCAAACUCGCCACCGCCGAGUCCGUGCACCGCACCAUGCAAAGGCGGUGGUUCCUCCAUCGAAAAGUCCAAAGCGCCGUGUUCGUCCUCACGAAUGCGUUCGUGCUCGGGCCUAUCUACUACCCGUUCGCAGCCCACUUUGACGUGCUGGUUACCCACACCCGAGGGGCUUGCUUUGACGAGACUUCGUGGGACAUUCUCCUGGCCGAGAUAGGGCUCAUCGGGGCGCUGUCGUUCGCGUUAGCCAUCCACGUCAGCCGAGUUGUCGACAACUUUGGCCUCCGCCGUGCGUUUUUAGCGACUUCCAAAGCCGGUAUUCUUUGCAUGGCACUCCAGUUUCUGCUGUCCAUCGGCACGUACAAGUUGCAGUGGACUUGGCUCGAUGACUUUUACGUGCUCGACUCGACAGCGUCGUUGCCUUUCCACGCGUUUUUCUACUUUAACCUGCUGCACCCCCUCAAGACGGUGCUGCGGCCGUCGACGUUUCACCAGCGCGUGAUGGUGCUCUCCGACCCAUUUUCCCAACACCGAGCGCACUCGACCUCCCACUUUAAAGCGUUCCUGCUUCAUCCGGAUGGUUUCCGCGCCUUCCUCGAGUUCUGCCGGCUCGAACUUCGGCUAGAACUACUCCUAGCAUGGCAAAUGCUCACGCAAUUCGAAGCCGCGCCGACCUCCCGCGCGGCCAUCCACGUGUUCGAAACGUGUUUCGAACCCCACUGCAUGUACGCCACGGACAUCGGGGCGAAUUGGCGACCCCACUUUGCGCCCCACCGACUGACGUGGACGCACCACACGACAGUAUUCCUGUCUCCGUCCCUGUUCUGCCACGUCACGGCCGCGCUCCUCCAGCGCAUGUACGACGUCCAGUUCCCGCGCUUCCUGCAGCACCCCAGGGGCGUCCUCGCAUGGCACGAGUUCCUCGACCGCAAACGGGCUGUGGAGAAACUCGACCAAGUUCUCACGAUGGUCAACCGCCAGGGGUCGUCUACGUCGUCGUUUCAGAUGAAGCUGCACCUGCCAUUGCACUUUAAUGGAGGGUAAAGUAGAUCUAGUGUAUGUACUAGUACCUCGUGGUAGUAGGAGACUCUUGAAAGGUACGACGAAUGCGGCGCUGAAUGCUGAAUUGCAUUCCCU